AUGGAAGGUACCAUUCCGAGCUCAUUCUCUGAACUCAGGAGUAUUGAGGUUCUUGACUUAGGAGGAAAUAACUUGGAAGGUACCAUUCCAAGCUCAUUCUCUGAACUCAAAAAUAUUAAGGUUCUUAAAUUAAGAGAAAAUAACUUGGAAGGUACCAUUCCAAGCUCAUUCUCUGAACUCAAGAGUAUUGAGUAUCUUGACUUAGGAGGAAAUAACUUGAGUGGGAUGUUGGAGUUUGACAUGUUUCUUACUUUCAAAAGUUUCACUUUGUUGGACCUGAGAUCCAACAAUUUGACAUUGCUAACCAAGGCCAAUUCAAAUGGUACUCUUCAUCAGUUUGAAAGUCUAAAUUUGGGUUCUUGCAACUUGCGAAAAUUCCCAGAUUUCUUACGAAACCAAAACAAAUUGCUUCUUCUUGAUCUCUCACACAACAAUCUUGAAGGCCUAAUACCCAAAUGGUUUUAUAAUGUAAGUAUAGAAUCUCUUGAGUUUAUAAGCCUUUCUGACAAUUUUCUAGUAGGCUUUGAACAAUCACCAAUGGUUCUCCCAUGGUCUAAACUAUCAAGUUUAGAUCUUGGCAAUAACUCGUUGCAAGGAUCACUCCCAAUUCCACCACCAUCUACCAGGAUUUAUCGAGUCCAAAGGAACUUCAUAAGAGAAAUGUCACCGUUGUUGAUUUGCAAUCAGAGUUCACUUGAAGUACUUGAUUUGUCCUAUAACAACUUGAGUGACAUGCUUCCUCCAUGUUUAGGAAACUUCAGUUCUCCUUUGUUAGUACUUCAACUACGAAGCAACAACUUCCAUGGCACCAUCCCAAAAACAUGGUCAAAGGAAAGCGGCUUAAAGAUGAUUGACUUAACUGAAAACCAAUUGCAAGGUCAGGUACCAAGAUCAAUGGCUAACUGUACGAUGCUAGAGUACCUUAAUGUUGGUAACAAUCAAAUCAAUGAUCUCUUUCCCUUUUGGUUGGGAACUCUUUCUCGGUUGAAGGUUCUCGUCCUUCGUUCCAAUGCAUUCCAUGGUGCAAUAACGAGUCCUCAAACCAAUUAUACAUUCUUCGAGUUGCAUAUCAUUGAUCUCUCUCAAAAUAGUUUCUCUAGAAAUUUGCCUGCUAAGUAUUUCCUACAUUGGAAUGCCAUGAAAGUUGUCGGUGCAAAUCAGUUGAUAUACAUGGUGCUACAUAUUACUAGCAAAGACGGCCCCUUCGAUGGUACUGUCCUUUGCACAGUUACAGUGACAAACAAAGGCAUAAAUUUAAAGUAUGAUAAAACCCAAUAUGUGUUCACAGUCAUUGAUUUCUCAAGCAAUAAAUUUGAAGGAGAAAUUCCAGAAUUCCUAAGAACUCUUAAAGGACUGCAUUUACUAAAUCUUUCCAAUAAUGCUCUCACUGGUUAUAUCCCGCCAACCUUGGGGAACUUGACAAAUAUAAAAUCAAUGGAUCUUUCCAAAAACAAGUUGUUUGGAGAGAUACCUCCACAACUAACACAACUCUUUUCCCUUGAAUACUUUAAUGUCUCCAACAACUGUCUCACAGGACCUAUACCAUAUGGCAAUCAAUUUGACACAUUUCCGAAUAGUUCAUUUGGAGAUAAUCAAAGUUCAGAGUCUCCAUUUGAAUUUGGUUGGAAAGUAGUUGCCAUAGGGUAUGGAUGUAGAUUUGUUAUAGGAAUUGUUAUUGGGCAAAUUGUGAUUGACAUCUAUAUUGGAGCGGGUGAGAGUUCAGCAACUACCUUAGAAUGGGCAAUGGCUGAGCUGAUAAGAAACCCAAGAGUAAUGGCGAAGGCACAAGCUGAAGUGCGACAGGUCCUGAUAGGGAAGAAAAAAUUGGAAGGGAAAGACAUGCAGCAGUUAGAUUUCGUGAAAUAUGAUCACAGGAACUUUAAGAUUACAUCCUCCUGUUCCUUUACUAAUAAGAAAAGCCAAGGAAAGAUGUAA